AUGCCUGCCAUAGUCAACCUCCUCUUCAACGUUGUCUCCACCAACACCACUAUCUCCUUCCCCGUGGUGCUUCCCAUGUUCAGCAUGGUCUCUCUUCUGGUGGGGGUCGGAGGUCACCUCCUACUGUGGCUGGUGCUGGUGAGGAACCCCCGCAGUCGCUCCAAGCCGAGCUCCGUCCUGCUCCUCAACCUCAGCCUGUCAGACCUGGGCGCCCUCUUCACCCUGCCCUGCGUGCUUCUGAGCGCUAGCUUCCAGGACUGGCAGCUCGGAGGCGGGACCUGUGUCCUGCUGGGCUUCAUGACCUCAGUGACAGUGGGAGUGGAAAUCUUCAGCCUGGCAGCGCUGUCAGUGCUGAGGUAUCGUAUCGUUGCACCACGAAUGAGGCUGCCUGCCAGCCUGACACAAGUGUUAUGCGCUGUGGUAGCCAUUUGGCUUGUCUCAGUAACCAUGGCGUUACCCAAGGUUACCUACAUUAACUUCGAUGGCGGUUGCACGUGGUCAGUGGGCCGGGACAAGUGGCUGUUCUUCCUGGUUCCUGCCUUCCUGUUUUACUACGUGGCGCCCCUCCUCUGUAUCGCCAUCAACUGCGGCCUCAUCAUCUCUCACCUCCACAGCUGCCGGGGCACCCUGGCUGCAGACCGGCGCAACAAGAAAGCCACGGCUCUGCUGAUUGGCUCAACGCUGGUUUUUGCAGUUAGCUGGUUGCCUUAUUAUGCACUUGAAUUUGUCAACGUCAUGUCCCCUUGGGUCAGCUCUGCAGCUUCUCCCGUUAGCAGAUUUGGGGUCAGGCUUUCUUCGACUUUGUCUCCAUCACACGAGCAGAGUGAGGAAUCAGAGACGAGAGUUUCCCUGUUGUGGGAGGUGGCGUCCAUGGCGGCCAUCUUACUAGUGUGUUUGGCCCCCUGCUGGAACCCGCCACUGUACUUCCUGUUGUCACGUCCAGCAGUGCGUCAGCUCCGAGCUCUACUGCCGUCCUUCUUUCAUAAGUACUUGGGGAAAAAACCUAUUCAGCGCUGGCGUAUUGCUCCCGCCCCUCCCCCACACCUGCCACACCCUCAGCCUCCUGCACACUCACCUACUCACCAAACUGUCACACACAAGCUGAUGCAGUGAACACACACAGCUGUGCUCACUUACUCCCAUGACAUACUAUUCAUAUUUGCCACGUCGAGAAAAUGUACAUGAGUCACAACAUGCUUUGUGCACACAUCCUUUUGGUCACAGCCACAUUCUCUUUGCUUUUACAGUAAAGCUAUAAAAAAAAAGACUCUUGGCAACAGUGUGUGACGCUCUCAGAUAGAUGACAGCGUAUCGUCAACAGAAUCCAUUAUGUGCCAUAAAAAACACACGGUUUAUAUUCCUCAUCACAAUGCCCGAGUUACUAAGCAACUCACAGUCCUGGCAGUGGGAAGCUUGCAGAGGAGGAGAACUGAAAAUCUGAAAUGAUUUCACGGCCAAACACCGCAGGUUUCUCUUUAUGUCAAGGCGCACAUCAUCAUUUACAAAUCCAGGUCACUGAACUUAAAGAGACGUCUUUAGAGCUCCCACGUAGGACCUGAAGCUGCGAUCUUAACAGCCUCUCUCAGGGACGUCUAACCCAUCCAAGCAACCAUAAACCAAAUUCCCAAUUGGAGCUUUUAAACAACCGUCCCAGUACUGCAAUAGAAGAGCAUCUGAUAAGUAUGACAUGUAGCAUGUGCGCAGUAUGAAAAGAGUGCUGGCUGUUUUGAGAAACCUCCGUAGGACGUCAUAGCAUCGCAUCUGGUAGAUUACAACAAGCAAUACAACCUUGUAACUCCAUUACUAAGCCGACUGACAGGGCAAAAACACAGGGGACACUGUGCACCUUGCCUGCCUCAGUGUAAAGCUGCCUGUAAAUCUCCUGGUUGCAUCAUUAUCUAAAAAGAGGCCCUUCUUGACUUAUGAGAAGCAUUAAUAGAAGCUGACUUGUUUUGUUCUGAGCUUGAAUGCGGAGAAGUGCUUAUUAAAUAAGGAUUUGGCAGAAAGAAUCACAUCAGAAUGAACACAUGGGAAAAUGACUUCUUAACAAGUGGAGCUCAUCUUCAUCUGGAGUGGUGUAAUAUCACAAUGUAAAGGGCAUGUCAUGUAUUUGCAGUGGUCAGGGCUUUUGUUUGACACAUUGGCUGAGGGCGGGUAAUUGGAUUUUUUGUUGUCGGGCUAUUUAUAUUGAGAAAUGCAAAACAGUGAUUUAAAUGUAUUGGGAAAUUGGAAUCAUUUCCACAGCCCUGAAAUAUUACAUAGUGGGUUUGUUUUGCUGCUACAAGGGAGAUUGCUCAAAAUUUUAAUCUGAAACACAUACAAACAGAUAUUUAAACCUCUCUAAGCCAUCAACAUAAACAAGACACUUAUUUGUUCAAAACUGAGUUAAGACUUACUCUGAAUAUUUCACAGCUACUAUAUGAACAACUAUUAAACUAAAAAAGUGUAUAAUUUCAAACACCACUACAACAAAAUGAAGCAGAAGACCAAGAGCUAAAGCUUUAUCACAUUAGGUGAGCUGGUUGUGUAGCGUUAUGUUGUCAUAACGAAGAGAAAAAAAACCCUGUUAAACUUGUGCUGGGAGCAUCUAGCUAGCUGCUAUCUCAGUUUUCAACUUUGGUGGGAUGUAUACAAUUUGGUGUGAUUAUGCAACUUUUAAAUUAUAAAUUUAAAUGUAUUACAUUGUAUAUUGUUUUAUU